CAAAACAAAACCAAAACAAUGGCUGCCAACGCUACCGACUUCACCAUCCAAUACGCCUGCUUCGAGCUUCCUCACAUGAAGCGCGAUUCCAUGGCUACUUUCUCUGCAGCCUCUUCCCGCUUCCACACUCCUCGCACUUCCAUGGACAACGGAAAGCGCACUACACCACCAACCCCAGCCAUGUCCCGCUCCAACUCCAAGAGCCGCAUCAGCAGCCCAAAGCUUUCUAGCUUCAAGGACCACAAGGCAGCCCACGCUGAGGCCACCUACUUCGCUCUCCGAUAG